GUGGUCUGUGUGGGAAGAGGUGCUCAUGAUCCAUGCCAUGUCCAAAACACCACAGUGGACCGCUUCAACGAUGGAUUGGCAAUGGUGUUAUCGGCCAACAAAGAGUUUGCCUUCCGUCUGUACAGGGAAUUAUCAGGUCUCUCUGACACUCGAGGCAAAAACGUCUUCUUCUCACCCUUUUGUGUAUCUGGGAUCUUAGCCACUUUGUCUAUUGGGGCCCGAGAAGAGACCCACCAACAGAUUUUCAAUGUCCUGGGGUUCAACAACUUCCAGCUGUCCCAAACUGAUGUAGAGGAAGCCUUUUGUAGAAUUGUUAAAAGUGAACAGGCACAAACCAUCACUUCAGGUACUGCUGUGUUUGUAGACAACAUGUUUGAGCCUCAGCCUGAGUUCCUGGAUGUCUUGAAGCAGUUUUCCUUUGUUAAAGUCUUCAGUGUUGAUUUCACCAAGGCCAUAGACUCUGUCAAUACCCUCAAUAAGUACGUUUCAGAUAAGACUAAUGGAAGGAUCAACAAACUGGUCGACAGCCUGAAUUCAAGCACAGUCUUGUAUCUCCUCAACUACAUUUACUACAAAGGAAAGUGGCCAAUUGGGUUUGAUCCUGCCCUGACCAAGCUGGAUGAAUUCAACGUGGAUGAAAAUAAUAAGGUUCCAGUCCAGAUGAUGAAAAUAGAAAAGCACUUUUAUACUUUUGAUGAAGAAAUCGGCACAUUUGUCCUCCACCUUCCCUUCAGCAACUCCUUCUCCAUGCUGCUGCUGAUGCCUGAUAAUAUGACUACUCUGGAGAACAUUAUCAGUCCCGCUCAUGUUACUGAAUGGCUGAAUGUGACAGAGUCUAGGGAUUGUGGCAUUUAUAUUCCCAAGUUUUCCAUCAAGACUUCCUACACCCUGAAUGAUGUGCUGAAGGAAAUGGGAAUGACAGACAUGUUUGAUCAUGCAAAUCUGAAUGGCAUUUCUAAAAAUGAACGUAACCUGACAUCAGAGGUUGUGCACCGAGCUGCUCUGGAUGUUGACGAGGCAGGAGCCACAGCUGCUGCUGCUGCAGGAAGAGUCGCCUUUGAUUCUGCUUGUCUGAAGCCAGCUUUGAAGUUUAAUAGUCCUUUCAUAUUGAUGAUGAUUAUUGAACGACGUACCGAGUGCAUACUUUUCAUGGGCAAGAUUUCCAACCCAAACCUGUGAAUGGGUGGGGGG